AUGAAUGCCAAUGUUACAGCAGAGUACUUGGCUGAGAGAUAUGUGGAAGAGUGGAGAAACAACCCUAGUUGGAAGAUAAACAGCUUUAGGGAUAGGGUUUUGAGUGACUUGGGCAUUAAGAUUGGGUACUACAAGUAUGCCAGAGUUUGGGAUUAUGGGAAGGCAGUGCAGAAAUAUAGCCCAGGGACUGUAGUGAAUGUGGUGGUUGAUGGAUUGGAUAGGCCAGAGCCACCACUAUUCUUGAGGAUGUAUGUGUGCCUUUCCCAACUGGUAAGGGGUUUCUUAAAAGGCUGUAGGCCUUUAAUAGGGGUGGAUGGAUGCCAUUUGAAGGGCUCCUACCCUGGUCAGAUUCUGGUGGCAGUGGGAAAGGAUGGAAACAAUAGCAUCUACCCCUUUGCAUGGGCUACUGUAGAGGUGGAGAACAAAGAAACUUGGUGCUGGUUCUUGGAGUGUUUGAAGCAAAGUUUGGAUGACUUGGCAAUGGGAGGUGGCUUCACUUACAUGUCAGAUAGGCAGAAGGGCCUUCUUGAGGCAUUUGAGGAGGUGGUGCCCUUUGCUGAGAAGAGGUUUUGUGUGAGACACAUAUGGGCAAACUUCAAAUUACAGUUCACAGGGUCCACAUUCAAAGAGUUGUUUUGGAAUGCUGCUAGAGCUACAGUAUGGGUAUGCUCUGUUCUUUGUUUGUUUAUUAGUAUGGCAUUAGCUCAUUUUUUGUGGUAAAUCCAGAUGUGAUUAGUUUAUAAGCAUAACUUUGUGGUUAGUUUAGUUGUGAAC